AUGUCAUCUCUAUCAAUUUCGACUACUAAAUUUUAUAGUUUGGCCAGUAUUUAUUGGAGAAUAAAGACUCUCUUAUAAAAAUAUGUUUUAUUUAAUCACUAUGAGAGUUUUAGUAUUAACUCGUAAAAUGUGCCCUAAAACUAUUAAAGGAACGAUUUAAGCCCUAUUGAUUUCAGUCAUUAAUUUUUCAGGAAUCAUAUAUUAAGAUUAGGAGCAUUAUUAAGAUAUUAUGCUGGCCUUACUGAUGAUUACUUUGAUAAUUUGGCAAAAUUAAUAAUUAUUAAAUCCCUUUGCAUUAUGCAUACUUUACCAUUAUUAGGAAUAAUUACUGAAGAUUAAUUGGCCAAGUUAGAGAAAAAUAAUAAUAUGUAGCUGUACAGAAGUUAGAAGAUAACUUACUAACUUAUUGAUAUAUUCUCAUAUGCUGACAGUUUAAACUUGGAUUUUUUAAUUUCUUUUAUUUUAGUAUUUUUUGUUACAUUCUUUUCGUUUAAACAUUGGUAGAACUUAAUAAAACUUGAUUUGAAAGUAGCUGCUUCAAUAUAUCAUUAAAAUAUUGUCCCCUAAUUCAUGUAAUUGUUGAGCUUAUUUGAUAACUAAAAGAUAAACUAAAUUAAAUAAAGAAAAAAUUUCAUUAUUUAGGUUAAAUGUAUUGCUGAGAAAUGCCUCAAUACAAAAAAUCAGUAUUUAUCUGUUGAGAAUAUAAUAUUGUUUUUAGAGUUAUUUUUUAAUUUUGUUUUUCAUUUUGUUCUAGGUGGAUUUUAGGAUAGAAUUUAAUCUCCAACCUUUCUGAAAAAAUUUCAAAAUAUGAAAGGGAAUAUUAAAAUGAGAUAGAGAGAUGAAGUGAAGAUGUCUAAAGAUUUAAUGAUUUAAUUAAGAAGAAAUAAAGAAUAAUAAUGA